AUGCACCCAGAGCCACCGCGAGAGAAACUGCUCAACAAGGUAAGCAAACAGAUGGCUCAGCGAAAAGCCAACCGCACACCCAAGCCAACUCAUCUAGCUGCACACACGCCGAGCUCACUCAGAAAUUCGGCCACGCCGUACGGCAACUUGUCACCGGCAGCAAGGCUUCUAAUGGAUCGUACGCUCGACAAGAAAACUAUUGGGGCGCCGAGCAAGCUGGGGAGAGGGACACCCAAGGCCAGUAGAGGUACUGGCAUCGGAACGGGAAAAUUCGGGUCAUUCGGGGAUGGAGCUUUACGGCAAGCCUACGCAUCCCCCGCACACACAGUUGUGGCCGGCAGCAGGAAACGAACGCAUAGCACCAGCCAGAGAAGCGGUGCCACGCCAUCCAUCACAGACGGAUUGCUAGAUAGCACACCACAGGCCAAGUACACGCGGUGA